AAUUUAUUUACCCGGAUCUCGUUUCUUCACCUCUCCCCUCUCCCCUCUCUUUCUCUUUCACUCACUCUUUCUUCUUUUUCCCUGUUUCUCUUCUACCUUCUUUCUCGUCUACCGUCCUAAUGCUUGCUUGGCAGUGGGCUUUGAUAGCGUUGGCGAUCGCAGCAGUUGUUUCUUCAGUAGCUUUCACCAUUUACUUGCUAUGGAGGCGACGUGUUUGGCAUAACAAGCAGCAAAUACAAGCAACCCGCUGUUGCCCGGGGCCCCACGAUCAACGACGACGACGGAGAGGAAUGGAUUUUGGAGCCGACGAAGUACGAAAAAAGGACAGCGACUCUGCCAUCGGACGGGUAUCGCCAAAGUUUCCGUCUUCGUUUUUACUGCAGCAGCAUCGGCAAAACAAUACGACCACAACACCAUCAACAACGUCAGAUUCUGUUUUUUCUGCAGAAGAUCUCGAAAAGGCACAGCAUCUCGUCAUGAUGCCACUUUCGGCACCGCCACCGCGAGCAGGAAAAAAACCAAAAUUAUGCAUGCCACAACAAUCAAAAGCGGACAUUGAUUGCCCCAUGAAGAGCGUCUCAUCUUCGUCGGCAACACAGCAAAAGAGGCUGGCACAAAAAGAGGAUAACGGCAGUAGUAACGUCAGUAAAAGCGAAAGUGAGUGCAAUGGUAGUGGUGUUGUUGAUCACGAUGACGGGAACGUUGAAAACUAUGGUGACCAGACAAAUAUUUUACCAAAUACAGCAGCGUCUGUUACAUCAACCACCUCCGCAACAACAACAACACCAACACCAACAAAGAGAUCCUUUGUAUUGACACCGUUUUUGGAAAGUCCCACAACAACACCGACAUCCGGGCGAUCGACGGCCGAGCAUAUUGUGGCCAACGCUAUAAUAAGUGAUUCCAACAUGGAGCCUCACUACCACCACCAUCAUUAUAGUUUUCCACAACAGCAUCAUCAAAAUCAUCAAGAACAUCGACAGCAAUACUAUCAUCGACGUGGAUCGUCUGCGACAACAACCGCAUCGUCUUCCAACAAUCUAACAGCUUCGUACUCUUCUUCUAAUGGCAAUAUCAUUAGUAGCAGUAAAAAACAAUGCAGUAAUAAUAGUAGCGGAUGUGGAUCAUCACCAACACUUCCUCCGCCAUCAUCUUCUUCUGUUGCUAUGCGAAAUAGCACUACUACUACUACUACAUCUCCAUUGACCACAGGGCAAUGGCGUGGGCCGACACCGCCUUGGACCCUACUAGGAAAUGACUCAUCGAGCAACAAUAAAAAUUGAUGCAUUAUCUACCUCGGUGAAUUUCUGUAUAUAAUAUCAUGGUGUGUGUAUAUCUACGACAAUAUGUAUCUGGCUGUCGGGAUCCCUCCAGUUCUUUUCACUCUUCUAUUAUUCCCACUUUUUACUUGUUUCUAUUGCAUUACGUUUAUACAUAAAUUAUUGA